AUAAUAUUAAUAAAAAUAAUAGAUAAACAAGCCGGCCUAUCAAGCCAAAUAGGCUUUUUAUGAUAGCUUGGAGUUGACAUUUUUAGUUAAUUAUUAAGCCUUUUAAAAAGUUUAAGCCCAACCUUUUUAAUAAACGAGUCAAGUCAGACCAAACCUCUGACGAGCCCCUAUUGAACCGCCUGACUUGUUUCCACCCUUACUUAUAAGGUGGUUUGAGGGCUGUGCUAGUUAUGAUGGUAGAGGUUUUUGCUUCUGCGAUCCCUCGAUUGACUUAUUUUUUCCAGGACCUUGGUUUUUAUUAAUGGGAUUAGUCCCUCUCUUAAUCACUAUAUUUGAAUUUCAUGUUUCAAAAAAAAAAGUCAAUAUCAUCACAUGUAGCAAACUAUGACAAUAUUUUUCUAUUAAGGGUGUUCAUUGAAAGAAUUGGACUAAUAAAAACAAAUUUUGGAAGCCAAGUUUCAAAGAUUUGUUUAAUCUAAAUUGCGGCCUAGCCAAACAAGUCUGGAUAAUCCAUAAGGAUUCUGAAGCAUUAUGGCCUUAUGGGUUAGCAGCUAAUAUAGGGGGUGAAGUGGGCUAAGCCCGCCAUUUACAUUUUUUUAUAAAAAACUAUGACAAUAUUUUCUAUGACUAUGCAUUGAAAUAAAACGACGACCUAUAUUAUUUGAAACGACAAUGAGCGACAAAUUUGAAGCGAAAUAAAUCUGAAAAUUCAUAUUUCCCGCGAGAGCGCAAACUCAAAACUCAAAAAACGAGUAUUGUUGCCACGCUGGCGAUCCGCGUGAACCUCUCUCAUCCAAUCACAAUCCAGAGUCGCUCUCUAUAUAAACCAAACCCAAGCGUUUGAACAUUCACAACAUACUCUUUCAUCUUCAUCUUCUUCAGCAAAUUCAAAUUCCUGAAACCAUGUCUUCCACAGAAGCUGCUACCACCACCAAGAAGGGCGGAAGAGGCAAACCCAAAACCACCAAAUCCGUCUCCAGAUCCUCCAAAGCCGGCCUCCAAUUCCCCGUCGGCCGCGUCGCUCGCUACCUCAAGGCCGGCCGCUACUCCCAGCGCGUCGGAUCUGGCUCCCCUGUUUACCUCUCCGCAGUCCUCGAAUACCUCGCCGCCGAGGUUUUGGAGCUUGCUGGUAACGCUGCAAGGGACAACAAGAAAUCGAGGAUAAUUCCGAGGCACAUUCAGCUUGCGGUGAGGAACGAUGAGGAGUUGAGCAAGUUGAUGGGGCAUGUGACGAUUGCGAGCGGUGGUGUUCUGCCGAAGAUUCACCAGAACUUGUUGCCGAAGAAGGUUGCUGGGAAGGGGAAAGGGGAAAUUGGAUCUGCUAGUCAAGAGUUCUAGAUAUGUAUCUAGGGUUUGUUGUUUCACUUCUUGUGGAAAAAAUGGAUGAUUAGUGUAGUUGUUGUUUUGGUUGGUCAAUUGAUGUAUUGAGAUUAGAGGGUGUAUAGCUCUUCAUUUUGUGAAAAACUAAUCAAAUUUCAUGUUC